GCCGCCGCGUCCCAUUCAUGAGGCCCGGCGGGCUCCGCUGUAGCCCGCGGCUUCGGAGGCGGCGGCCCCGCCCCCUGCUCGCCGGCUUCUCGGGGCGGCCCUGCGGGGCUGCACGCCAGUCCGCCGAGUGAGAGCCGCGCGCGGUGCCGCAGAUAAAGAGGAAGAACUACAGGUAGGAAAAGCAUCCUUCAGAAGUGCCGUGAUUGGUCCAGGAAGAGAAGAUAGUCUCAAACCAUGAAUUAUGUGGGCCAGCUGGCUGGGCAGGUGCUCGUCACUGUGAAGGAACUCUACAAGGGCAUUAACCAAGCCACACUGUCUGGGUGCAUCGAUGUGGUCGUGGUGAGGCAGCAGGAUGGCUCCUAUCAGUGCUCGCCUUUUCACGUACGCUUCGGGAAGCUGGGUGUCCUGAGGUCCAAGGAGAAAGUGAUUGACAUAGAAAUCAAUGGCAGUGCUGUGGAUCUUCACAUGAAAUUGGGUGAUAAUGGGGAAGCCUUCUUUGUAGAGGAGACUGAAGAAGAAUAUGAAAAAUUACCUGCUUAUCUUGCCACCUCACCAAUUCCCACUGAAGACCAGUUCUUUAAACAUAUUGAAACCCCUUUGGUGAAAUCAAGUGGAAAUGAGAGGCCUGCUCAGAGUUCAGACGUUCCUCACACCUUGGAAUCACAGGCAGUUUUCACUCCAAGUUCUGUGAAAAAGAAGAAACGAAGGAGAAAGAAGUGCAAACAGGACAAUAGGAAGGAGGAGCAGGCAGCUUCCCCUGUUGCAGAAGAUGUAGGUGAUGUGGGUGUGAGCUCAGAUGAGGAGAAGAGAGCCCAGGCAGCAAGAGGAUCUUCAAGUGCUUCCUUAAAGGAAGGGGACUAUAAGGAGCCUUCACUCUUCCAUUCUGGGGAUAACUACCCCUUAUCUGAUGGAGAUUGGUCCCCAUUAGAAACCACCUACCCACAGGCUGUGUGCCCCAAGAGUGACUCGGAGCUGGAGGUGAAGCCAUCUGAGAGCCUCCUCAGAUCUGAGCCACACAUGGAAUGGACGUGGGGCGGGUUCCCAGAGUCCACCAAGGUCACCAAAAGAGAACGGUAUGACUAUCAUCCAAGGACAGCUACAAUUACACCAUCAGAGAACACUCAUUUUAGGGUAAUUCCCAGUGAAGACAGCCUCAUAAGAGAAGUUGAGAAGGAUGCUACUGUUGAAGAUACUACCUGUACCAUAGUGAAACCCAAACCUAGAGCCCCGUGUAAGCAACUGAGCGAUGCAGCGUCUACUGAGCUUCCAGAAUCACCUCUUGAAGCGCCUCAGAUUUCAUCUCUAUUAGAUGCAGACCCUGUUCCCAGCCCAUCAGCAGAGGCUCCCUCAGAACCCAAACCAGCUGCUAAAGUGGACUCGCCAACAAAAAAGAAAGGUGUUCACAAAAGAAGCCAGCACCAGGGGCCUGAUGACAUUUACCUUGAUGACUUAAAGGCUCUUGAGCCUGAAGUGGCAGCUCUCUAUUUCCCUAAAAGUGACACAGAUCCAGGCUCCAGGCAGUGGCCUGAGUCUGACACGUUCUCCGGCUCUCAGUCCCCACAGUCUGUGGGAAGCGCAGCUGCAGACAGUGGCACUGAGUGCCUCUCAGACUCGGCCGUGGACUUGCCUGACGUAACGCUCUCCCUUUGUGGAGGCCUCAGUGAGGACGGAGAGAUUUCUAAAGAGAAGUUCAUGGAACAUAUCAUCACUUACCAUGAGUUUGCAGAAAACCCUGGCCUUAUCGACAACCCAAACCUUGUGAUACGGAUAUAUAACCGUUACUACAACUGGGCGUUGGCUGCUCCCAUGAUCCUUAGCUUACAGGUAUUUCAGAAGAGUUUGCCUAAGGCCACUGUUGAGUCCUGGGUUAAAGACAAGAUGCCAAAGAAAUCUGGUCGAUGGUGGUUUUGGCGAAAAAAGGAAAGUAUGAUCAAACAGUUGCCAGAGACCAAGGAGGGAAAAUCUGAGGUCCCUCCAGCAAAUGACCUGCCUUCCAAUGCUGAGGAGCCAACCAGUGCCAGACCUGCAGAGAAUGACACUUCUAGUGACGAGGGGUCACAGGAGUUGGAAGAAAGCAUCAAAGUUGACCCCAUCUCGAUGGAGACACUGAGUCACUGUGGGACGGCCUCAUAUAAGAAGUCUCUCCGACUCUCCUCGGACCAGAUAGCAAAACUGAAGCUCCAUGAUGGCCCCAAUGACGUGGUAUUCAGUAUUACAACCCAGUACCAGGGCACCUGCCGGUGUGCAGGGACCAUUUACCUGUGGAACUGGGAUGACAAGAUCAUCAUUUCCGACAUCGAUGGAACAAUAACCAAGUCUGAUGCUUUGGGGCAGAUUCUCCCACAGCUGGGUAAAGACUGGACACAUCAGGGCAUUGCUAGGCUCUACCACUCCAUCAAUGAGAAUGGCUACAAAUUUCUGUACUGUUCCGCACGUGCCAUCGGCAUGGCUGACAUGACUCGGGGUUACCUGCACUGGGUCAAUGACAAGGGCACGAUCUUGCCCCGAGGCCCUCUGAUGCUGUCGCCCAGCAGCUUGUUCUCUGCCUUCCACAGGGAAGUGAUAGAAAAGAAACCAGAGAAGUUCAAAAUUGAGUGUCUGAAUGAUAUUAAGAACUUGUUUGCCCCAUGCAAGCAGCCCUUCUAUGCUGCCUUUGGAAACCGUCCCAACGAUGUCUAUGCUUACACACAAGUCGGAGUUCCAGACUGUAGAAUAUUCACUGUGAAUCCAAAGGGUGAAUUAAUACAAGAAAGGACCAAAGGAAACAAGUCAUCGUAUCACAGGCUGAGCGAGCUUGUGGAGCACGUGUUCCCGCUUCUCAAUAAGGAACAGAAUUCUGCCUUUCCCUGCCCAGAGUUCAGCUCCUUCUGCUACUGGCGAGACCCGAUCCCUGACGUGGACCUGGAUGACCUAGCUUGAACAAGGCCUGUAUGGCAAUGUGGGGGGCACUGUCACUGGCCUGGCCCUCUUAUGGAUGAAGACCCAGGAGCUGACAGUCAGGAACCAGCUUUCCAGAACAGGGACAGGAUCCCCGAAGCUGGCUCUGCCACCUUCUUUCAGCUUCCUAGGCCACCACUCAGCACUUAGAGUAAUAAGGGGCACUCGGCCUGUAUUAGAAGCCCGUGCUCUGAAGCCUGCGCUCCAUUACUUGUGGGCUCUCACGUGCUUCUGUGGAGUUGUGUGCUGUGUACCACUCAGCUGCACAUUUCAAAAGGAAGAAACCAGAAACUGAAAAAGAGUAGACCAGCACAUUGCUACACAAAGUAAAGAGUUCAAAUCUCCACUGGUCAGUUGGGAUCGUUUCUCUCUCUAACCAGGGCUUUCUCCAGAGGUCCAGUUAGUGCUGCCAGCAUUGAGUACAUGUCCUCCUGGGGACGCCUCUGCUCUCGCUCAUUGAACUAGGACAACUGCUUCAUGUGCCAGCACCAUGAGCCAGCCCAUCUGCCCAGCAUGGGCUAUAAAGUUGGGGGAAGCACCCUAGCAGCAGCAUCUCCUCACCUACCCCCCGCUGCAGUGAGAAAGAAGGCCUUUAGGUUGUUGUUAGGACCUAGCAGAAGAACAGAUGCGUAUUCCAUGUCUGGAGUGACGGUGAGACCUUGGUUUGAAUCACAAGAAAGGCAGUGGCUUCCCCUCAGAAGUGUAAGGGCAGCUGCCUCAGUCCUGGGAGUCCUGUUCUCUGACACUGUCAUCUGACUUAGGAGGCCCUUGGGGCAGAUUAUUUCAGGACAGGAUUUUUGAAAGUCUGGGCUUCAUAUUUGCUGAGGAAAAAGCCUUUGUCUAGUAGCAUUGACCAGUCUUCUGGAUUCCAACCGUGUAAUGAAGUCCUGGAGGCCUGGGAGAGAGAGGUUACUAAGUGCCUGUUGAGAACCAACACCUCAGCAGCAGCACCAGCCCGCCACUCUGUCACCCUCAUGCAGUCGAUAGAGCACAUGUGGGGUGCCCCUGCACCUCCCUGGCAGCCUCAGACACUGGCCUCAUUAAGUGCUCUUGUCAAAUGUUGGAACAGAUGGCACCAGGGAGAGUCAUGUCCUCAGACCUGCAGAGCCUCGCCCAGCUGGGUAUGGACAGUUACUGCAAUGCUAACAUCAAGAGAAGUACUGAUGGAGUGGCUCCGUAACAGAGCUCUACUAGGAAGAUGACAGUGGAGGCUUCUGAGCAGAGAGAGCCGCCCUGAAAGAUGGCUCCGACUCUGCAUGCCCCGCAGUUGGAUGGCUGGCCUGACCAUGCUUUAGUUUGCUUCACUCGAGAUAAUGCUCACCUAGGGGUGGCUUAGAAAAGGGGUGGCUAUUUUCCAGAUUGGAGAGUUGAGUAUCCUUGCCUCAUUUCAGUAUUGCAGUUGAAUGCAGAGACUGUGGUAACAAUGUUUAAUUAAAGAAAAAGAAAGACCAUUUGAACCAUAGUUGUCGGUGGCAAACCCUGGAGGUACAUGCUCCCAGAGAAGCAAUGCAGGCUCUUCCCACUGUGCUGAUGUCUCCUCCGUGAGUUACUUGUGUUAGGUAGUAGGGAAACUCUGCUAUGUUAAUGUGAAGUUCUCUCCAGUUAGUGAAAUAAGAUUCUACUAAAGCAGACACGGGAGAUUUGAUGCCUAAGCCAUCACCACCCUGGUGAUUUAGCACAUCUUAGCUUUAGGGUAACAGUAAGAACUGCGCACUUAACCUGAGCUUGGUAGAAUCUCCAUGGUACAGAGAAUGGUAUGUUUUCUAUUAGACCAUUUCUGUUUUCCCUUUAGGGAGUCUUUGCCUAGCUAGUCUGUUUCCUUUUCCUAACAGACUUUUUCUUUGGACACACAGGCCUUUACAGAAGGUCCAGCCUAGGCUCUGGGUCUCCUGGCCUGUGCAGGGGGAUGGCUGGUCUUUCUGUCCACGUGUCUGUUAGCCCGACACUUGUCACUGCACAUUGAUCAGUGGGUAUUUAGGAUAAUGAAUGUAACUCUUAUUUAAAGGAGUCUCCUUGCUGAAAGUAGAUGAUUACUAUUACUGUAGUGUUAUGAAGUAUUAGGUUUGUGCUGAGAAUCCAUUGCCAUUUGUUACAAAUGACAUUGUUCUUUCUGUGAAAGAGAGAUGCCCUUAAGUGUGUUUGCACACAAACCCCUGGAUGGCUUGUUGCAGUGUCACCUUGUCUUCAAUGACAGGUGAUGCUGAAGAGACACUAUGGCAGACCGGCCACCCAGUCCUUCUGUCAGUUGUUGCAUCAGUGACUAUGGCCCCAUGUCUUUCCAGUUCAGUCUAAUUUUCGUGUUUGGUGUUGAGUGUUGAAGCUUGCACUGCUGUAGAAUUGAUGGCUGCUCUCCGUCGGGCUGUGUAGGGUGUAUGUGUGGACCUGGAGCAUGCAUGUGUAACCAUAUGAUUAGUACUGCAUUUCCUGGGGUCUAACCCAUCUGCAUAGUCAGUUGGAAAAAGAAGUGUGCUGUUGUAGUAACGUAGAACAAAAGCUGCUAAAACAACUUAGAGUGGACCAGGACCAGAGCUGAGCAGCGGGGAACCUCUGUUCUCUAUAGCCCUUGCCUGCGGGGUGGGUCCAGCCUUCUGUAGUACUCUUCAAAGCCGUCAUCUGAGAGAAGAAACGGUUGAGGUGACAUGAGCGAGUUUCUGGGAAACUUGGAGAGCAUGCUAAGGUUUAUUUAAAACCCCAGGAAAUGCUCUUUCCAAGGGAAAAAUUCUUUUUUUGACUUGAAGGCAGAAAAAGUUCCCUUCUAAUAAUUACAUUCAGCUGAUGAAGUACUUGAUUAUUAGAGAGCAGUGUCAUUAAGCAGCUUUCGGUUUUUAGUAAUUAAUUGUAAACAUCAGUGCAGUACCUUCAAUAUGGUAAAGAUGUUAUCUUCAGAUGAAUGGCUCAUAUUUUGGUGCAGUGUUUGAUGUUCACAAAAAAUGUUACAAUAAUAAACUAACAUAAACUGAU